AAGGUUCUUGUAUUCUUGUGCCAGCAAACACCCUCAUCUCUACACCAUAAAAGGAGGAGAGUUUCCUGGUUUUUGUCUUCCUCUAGUUGCACAAAUCCCAUCUUUUCUGUCUCAAUUACCUCUCCUUUAAUUUUUUUUUCCUUAGUUUUUUUCUGAACAAAAUUCAUCUUGCUGCAGCUAUAGCAGCUUCAACAAGCUGAGUGAAACAAAACAAACAAACACUUGUUUGUAAAAUUGAAUAAAGGGAAUAUUUUCAACAGAUUCUUCCCUUUUCUUUGGCUACCUUCAAUGUCAAACAUCACAAGUUGUGAUAGUGGGAGCUUCUCUACAGAGAAUACCAGAGAAGAUGCAGCAGUUAAACAACAGCAAUCUGAGAUGCUUGGUCAGUUCCACAGUCCACAUUCUCACACUUCAACUACAACAACAAAUAAUAGCAAUGGUUCCAACACAAAUUCACAACCACCUGCACCUGUUAAGAAGAAAAGGAGCCUACCAGGAAAUCCAGAUCCAAGUGCUGAAGUUAUUGCUCUAUCACCGACCACACUAAUGGCCACAAACAGGUUCAUAUGUGAAAUCUGCAACAAAGGGUUUCAAAGAGACCAGAACCUUCAGUUGCACCGGCGAGGCCACAACUUGCCGUGGAAGCUGAAGCAGAGAACAAGCACGGAAAUUCGAAAGAGGGUUUACGUGUGUCCAGAACCUUCGUGCGUCCACCACAACCCAGCAAGAGCACUCGGAGAUCUCACUGGCAUCAAAAAGCACUUCUGCAGAAAGCACGGCGAGAAGAAGUGGAAAUGUGAUAAGUGCUCAAAGAAAUACGCUGUUCAAUCUGACUGGAAAGCCCACUCAAAAAUAUGUGGUACAAGGGAAUACAAGUGUGACUGUGGUACCAUCUUUUCCAGAAGAGACAGCUUCAUUACGCACAGAGCUUUCUGUGACGCACUAGCUGAGGAGAACAACAAAGCCAACGAAGGACAAUUGCCAAAGAUAGGUCCAAACUUGCAAUGUCAACAAAUCCCAAACCUCGUUUCAUCAUUACCAAUCAACACCAACAGCAUUGUUCCCAACCCUGCACAAAUGGGUGGCACCACCUCGGAGUUCAACCAUGCUGAUCACAAGCACCCACUAUCACUCCCACACGAGCUCAUGCCAAUGCCUGCACAAAAACCCUUCAACAACAACAUGGCUGCAGGAACAGUGUUCACGAGAAGCCUGUCAUCAACCUCUUCUCCCUCUCUUCAACUAAGCUCAAACAUGUUCGAUGAAAACGGGCUCCACCUUGCUGCAGGGUCGCCACACAUGUCAGCCACUGCGUUGUUGCAAAAAGCUGCGCAAAUGGGAGCAACACUGACCGAAAAAAGUACUUUUGCAACAAACAUGGCACCACCAUCGUUUGGUGUGCUGCAACAGCAUCAUCAUCAUCAACAACCAAAUGGGCAACCCUUCACGAACCAGUACAUGCACAGUGGCCACCACCACCAACAACAAGAGGUUAACAUUUCUACUCAGUAUAGUUUCGGUAGUGCAAAUGGGAUGGGUGGAGGGAGCGUUGGGAUGAACGGUGUGGACAUGUUCAACGCUAUUUUGGACCAAAGCAAGGCUUUGUCGAAGAUCAUAGAGCAAAACAACAAUAGAAGCAGUAGUGGAGGAACAACAAAUGGAGGUUCGAGUAGUGCUAUUAAUAACGUUGCUGGAAGUAAAGGAAGUGGGGAUGUUAUGACUCUUGACUUUUUGGGAAUAGGAGGUGGAGGAAGUGGUAGUGGUGGGGGUGCACAUGGAAAUUUCUAUGGUGGUGCUCAACAAGGGGAAACUGGUGCACCGGAUGAGGUUUGGAGAAACUGGUCUAGUAAGAACGCAGGCUUUGAAUCAUUUUCAACAACGAGCAGCAUUUGAAAAAGAUCACCCGACAAGGAAUAAAAGUCAACUUUUUUAGAGGGUGGAAUUUUCAGCUGAUUUGGUCGUUAUGUGCUUCUUUUUCUUUAACUAAUUAAUCCUCCCUUUCGGCCACAUAUAUAGAAUAGAAAUCGUGCGACAAACGACUGAACGUGUCUUUCUAAAGAGGAAGACGCAUUGAGUCGUCGACAGUGUGGUCGAGUUUCGCAGCACCAGCCAGUGCAACAGUGUAGACCCAUAUCCUUAGAGGAUCUCAUAAAUUUGUGUUCAAAUGUUAAAAUUAAGGAUAAUGUCAAUUUCUGAAACACUUUUUUAUAGUUCAUUUUUUUAAUCUCUCUUUUAAUUUA